AUGCCAUCGUCUUCUUCCCUCAUUUUCUUCUCUCUCAGUCAUCUCUCCUUUUCUUCGUCUUCCCUCAUCUCCUUCUCUACUUCUUCUGCUUCUUCUUCCUCUUCCUCCUUUCUCCUUCUUCUUACGUCGCCAGAUCCGGUCAAAGCCAAGAGAGGCCUCCGCGUGAAAACAGAAACCAAACCACACACCGAAACUUUCGUCAGGGCUUCAAUAAUUGAAGGUAUUGGUUCGGCAUCAGUGCUGGAAAAUCCUCCACCGAGGGCUUCGGUUCGGCGUCCGGUUUUGGAGAACAGUAUAAUUAAGUGUCAGAGUUGA